AUGAAACCAGGAAUGAAAAAUAUUCUUGUAUAUAGUUACCAGACACAGAUAUUGGGAGGAUAUAUGUUGAAGAUCCAGAUGAUUGGGAUCUGCCUGACAAAAUAUUUUACUGGGAAGGAAAUGUACACCCAGGGUUUAUAAUCAACGAGAGGACAGGAAUGAUCAGGAUACAACACAGUGCACCAGAAGGAGUAUACAAUCUGAAGUUCAAAGUAUAUGACAAAAAACAUCUGCAGACUACACCAGCAUAUGUCACUGUUACUGUGAAGAAAAUUUCUCAUGAUAGUAUCAUUAAUUCUGGGUCAAUAAGAAUUGCUGAUUUAUCAGAUGAAGAAUUCAUAAAAUGGAACUUCACUGGAACAAAGAGAAAGAAAAGUAAAGCUGAACUUUUAGUGGCAAAACUCGCAAAGCUAUUUAAUGUUAAAGAUGAAAAUGUAAAUAUAUUCAGCAUCAGUCUCCAUAAAGAGUAUCCACCUAUUCUAAAUGUCUUUUUCUCUAUCCAUGACACACAAUAUUAUAAACCAGUUGAAAUAAAUGGUAUUGUGCAAGUUCACAAAGAACAGGUAUCAAAGGAAGUUGGCAUCAACAUCAUAAUGGUUGGAAUUGAUGACUGUCUUCAGGAGAAAUCAGUCUGUCAAGGUCCAUGCUCUAGUGCAAUGGAGAUAGGAAAGCACUCUCUUUUAGUGGAUGCAAACAUGACAUCUUUUGUCAGUGUUUCAGUUACCAUGAAAGCUGAAUGUACGUGCAAGACACAGAAGCACAGAAUGCAGAAUCCAGUCAGAUGUUACAAGGAUUAUUGCUACAAUGGUGGUCACUGUUUGCAGAAGGGUAACGGAAUAAGCUGCCUAUGUCCAUCUGGUUUUGAUGGACCCAGAUGUCAACAAACAACUUUAGAUUUCAAUGGUCAUGGUUGGGCAUGGUUUUCACCAUUGCAGUCUUGCAGUGAAAAUCAUCUUAGUGUAGAAUUCAUAACAAGGAAAAGAAGUGGCAUAAUUCUCUAUAAUGGUCCAUUGUCAGUACCACAGCCAAACGACAUAUUUGCAUCAGAUUACAUUUUAUUAGAAGUAAUAAAUGGGCAACCUCAGUUUACUUUGGAUCUUGGUUCUGGGGCAGUAGAAUUGAGGCUAAGAAUGACUAAUAAUGUGACUGAUGGCCAGUGGCAUCAUAUUGAUCUCUUCUGGAAUACUAAGAAUGCUCGUCUUGUGGUAGACUACUGCCAGUCUGCUGUAGUGGCUGAAGCAGAAGAUGGAACAACAUUCUUCAAUGGGACAGCUUGCCAGACAGAAGCAAAAUUACCGCCAUUCAGUAAUGUUUUGUUUUGUUAUGGCAUCAUGCUUAUGAAGUUUGAAUUUGCUGUGGAGUAA